AUGUCCCUUUGCCGUCGACCUAUUCGUCGAAUAGUCAUAGCAGCAAAAACUGGUUUAGUUAUCAAUAAAACAAUACUAAGAAGUUUUAGUCAACAAAGUAUCUAUAAACAAUUAGAAGCAACUCAUCUCAAUGCCCAACAACCUCAAUUAAUUGGUGAAGAACGACAAGAUGAUGCUAUAUAUAAAAUUUAUUUGAAAAAAGUUCGACAUAAAUCUUCAUCACGUCUUAAUUCAUCUUCAACAAUAAAUACACUUGUUGAUGAUACAAAUGAACAGAACGAAACAACCGGUGACACAUGUAAUGAUGAUCAUGGUGCAUUACUUUAUUCCACCAUAAAAGUAUAUCAAUUAAAAGCUGGUACACUUGAAAAAAUUGUUGAAUGUUUAACAAAUGAUACUGGUGAAUUAGAUGCAACAAAUAUGCAUAUUUUAUUUUCAACAUAUCGAACAUUUACAAAUACUCGAACAUUAAUUGAUACAAUAAUAAUACGUUAUCGAGCUGUUCUUCCAGCUUCACUUGAUAUGACUGAAGAUGUUCGACAAAAAACUCUUAAGAGUCUUCGUGUAGUAAUAACAUGUUUCUUAAAUUCAUGCAAAGAAGAUUUUUGUCAACCACCACGUUAUUCAACAUUAUAUCAUUUUAUAAAACAUGUACCUGAUAGAGAUUUACAAAAACAAGGUCAAACAUUAUUAGAAGAUUUUAAAAUCGAUGAAGAAACUAAUCAAUUGAAUAAUGAUAAUAAUAAAUCAAAAACUAAUGUUUUAUAUAAUGAAAAAGGUUUUGAUUAUAUACAACCAUGGAAUAUACUUGAAAUAUCAAGUACAAUAAUUGCUGAACAAUUAACUAUUGUUGAUGCUGAUUUAUUAAAACGUGUUUUACCAUAUGAAUGUUUAACACCAUCAACAAGUGGUUGUUCUCGUCGAACACCAUCUAAUAAUUCAAAUCGUACAUUAUCAACAAUUGAUAAAACAAUUGAAUUUUUUAAUGCUGUUGUUGCUCGUGUUAUAGCAACAAUACUUAAAGAACAAGAUGAAGAACAACGUUCACAUGUUAUUGAAAAAUGGAUUGAUGUUGCACAUCAAUGUCGAAAAAUAAAAAAUUUUUCAUCAUUAACAGCUCUUUUAAAUGGUCUUUUAUCUGGUUGUAUAUAUCGUUUAAAUACAGCUUGGUCUUAUGUAACACAAGAUUAUCAAUCAAUAUUAGAAGAAUUAAAAAAAGUUUUUGGUAGUUGUGCAGAUAGAAAAGAAGCAAGAGCUAUUCUUGAUAAGGAAUGUACAACAAAAUAUGCUGAUGUAACUGCAGCAAUUAAUGUAACAUUAGGAAGAAAAUUUCGUCAUAAGAUGACGCGUGAUCAACAAAAACCAACAAUGCUUGGUACAAUACCUUAUUUAGGUUUCUAUCUCAGUGAUUUGACAUACAUCGAUUCUGCUUAUCCAAAUACAAUAAUCAUCGAAGAUGAUAAUACAUCAUCAUCAUCAUCGAAAAAAUUAAUUAAUUUUGAAAAACAUCGAAAAGAAUUUGAAGUUUUAGCACAAAUUAAAUUAUUUCAAUCGGCUGCUAAUGCAUAUACAACAUUACAUCCGUUACCACGUUUUAAAGCUUGGUUUGAUAAUGUUCGCAUUUAUAAUGAUACUGAAAGUUGGGAAUUAUCUUAUCAAAUUGAACCAAAAGAAGUAACAGAUAAUUGUCAAUAUGUCCAACAAUUAUUACAAAAUAUUGGAUCUCCAGUACUUACAUCUGCAGAUAAACAAUUUCCAUCGGAAGGAUCAUUAGAAUCCUCAGUAAUAUCAAAUAAUAAUGAAUUGAUGACAACAUCAGUUCAAUCAAUACAAUCAUCACCAUCAUCAACAUCACUUGAUAAAAUGAGUACAACAUCAAAUAAUUCUCUACGUCAACAGUAUUUUCAACAGCAACUAUCAAGAAUAAAUAAAAAAUCUCAUUCACGAUCAUCAUCAGUAUCAAGUGUUUUAACGUCAUCAAAUGGUAGUUCAAGUCAAGGUUAUAUGUCAGCAACAGCAUCACCAAAAACUAAUGCUGAAAAUUCAACAUCAAGUUCCUGUGACUAUGAAGCAAUCAUUGCAAAAGUACAUUUUGCUGGAAAAAAUGAUCUUUUAUAUAAAAAAGUUCGAAUAAGAAAUAAUGAACGAACAAAUAGUGUAUUAAAAUGCAUUCUUGAUAAAUUUGGUUUUGAUCCAUCAACUAAUGAUCAAUAUUGUAUUGAGCAACAGUUACCUGAUCGAAAAAUUCUUAUACUUGAUCAUUGUAAUGUAUUUUAUGCACUUGCUCGUUCAUCAGAUGAUGAACAAGUUGAAUUAAUUGUAAGAGAAAAAACUCGACAAGAACGUCAAGCAAAAAGCAAUAAUUCUUUAAUUAGUGCUGGACAUAAUCGAACGCCAAGUGGAUUUAGUACAUCUUCUAUUCAUAGUCGUUAG